AUGAGCGCCGCGUUCCCCAAGGCGCCCGUGCCCGUGGCGGGGCUGCACGCCGGCAGCAAGAGCGACUUCGGCGAGGACCUGGACGUGGACGAGCUCAUCGAGCGCAACCGCUGCCACGAGGACUACUACAAGCUCGAGGACUGCCUGGCCGACUUCGACCGCGACUGGACCAAGUGCCAGCAGCAGGUCAAGCAGCUCAAGCUGUGCAACGACCGCGUCAACCAGCUGCGCAAGGCGCAGGAGGCCGCGGCCAGCAACAAGAAGCAAUAA